AGUCGAUGGUGAAGCCAUCGAGCUCACUGCCACCCGCAUCAAGACCGCGACGAUGGACGGCCGUCAGUCGACAUCCCUUCAGGUUACAGGCGCUCAUGCUUGCGGGCCGCCCAGGACAUAAUGGAAGGAAGAAGGACGGCAGAAGGAUGGCAUAUCACUCUCUCUCACCGUAGCAUUAACAGUGAGAGCUUUGUAAUGUGUCUGAUUGUGGAAGAGUCUGCUUCCCGUUCUUGUCGGCGCUGUGCUGUCUCUCAUCUAACUCCCGCAAAGCCUCAAGGCGCGAUGUUCAGCAACGGACGUUCCCUUCUCUUCCUACGCACAGUCAGGGUCCGCACCGCCUGCCUCCGCACCGCUUUCCUUCGCACCGCUUUCCUCCGCACCGCUUUCCUUCGCACCGCUUUCCUCCGCACCGCUUUCCUCCGCACCGCUUUCCUCCGCACCGCCCUCCUUUUGCUUCAUCGCCACCGCAUCCUCCUUCACAGUCCCCAUCUCCACCCAUUUCUGACGACUCUGCCGAGCUGCCUCCAACUUCUCGAUGGCCGCCGCCUCUGCAUCCUUCUUCGCCGCUUCUGCUUCUGCCCAUGUACGGCGAAUUGUCUCUUGUUGCUCUGCUGCACUCAGCUUGACGAACUCCGGGCACUCUGCCGCUUUCUCCUUAAGCUCUUUGGUCAAUUCCUCGACGUCCUUCUGCAUCUCGUUGGUCUUCUCGGUUUGGCGAAUCAUCUUUGCACGCCACUCUUCAUUGUCGUCGCGAAAGUUGUAGCGGGAUUUGCUGUUGGGAUUGGACAUGUUGACUGAGAGGACGGUCGGUUGAUGAAGGUGUUGGUCAAGACUACAUGUAUCGUUUGAGG